ACAAAUUGAUCGGUAACUCCGUCCGUAUCGUGUCGCGGGAGCAAAACUACUGAUUUUAUUUUUGUAAUAUCAAUUAAAAUUGUAGUUUUAUUUGAAAACGAUAUCGUGUUAGUCAGAACUUUUAUCAGGAACAAAAAAAAAGUGAUUUGGACCAGUUUUCGAACUCAGCGUGCGAUGAAUCUCAACUUCCUUCUAACGGAGAUAUCCCUCCAGCUGCUGGAGAACAAAUUCUACGACAUCAACGGGAAAGAAACGGACAAUCUUAAGGAACUGUUCUCGCCACAGCCGUCCCAAGCCGGUAACGGCCACCAACGCAAGCGACAGAGGCGCAACGAGCUGCUCGAUGCGCUGGGAGUGAAAAACUUGGGCGGAACUCUGGUGGAAACCGACGCGUACAUCGAGGGCCAGUAUCGGGGAUUUAUGGACAAUUUUCGGGCCAAGGUGGAGGCCAUGCCAAAGGGAGAGGAGACACCGACGGGCGGCCAUCGGCAGCGGCAAACGGCGAAAGAGCUGGCAGAGGUUCGGGAACGGGCGGACCAGGAGUACGUGAAAAUGAUAACCCACUCGAAGAAGAUGAGGGAUAUUUAUUUGGACACGCUGCCGAGUGCGACCGAUAGGGAUCUGGAAGCGACCAAGUACAACGAGGAAGAGCGCAACCUGCUGAUCGCCGAGUACAACAGCUUGCUCCACCUGCUGAAGCGCGUCGUCAGCGACGUCGGCGAGGACCGGGCCCGGUGCGAGCGGAUUCUGCGCGUCAUCGAGGGGGUGAAAGAAACAACCAGGAAAUCUUCAUAGAUGAGUCAGAUUUAUGCAGGACGUUUGGAUCUCUUAAUAGUUAUUACAGUUUUUACAUUUAAACAAAAAAUCAAGCAAAAAAAAGUUCGAAUAAUAUAUUGUAUUAACCCAUAAGUAAUUUAAAUUGUAAAUAAAGUGGUAAUAUAAAAUAAAUAAAACUUCAAGAAAAUCUCA